CUUACUGUGUGCACAGUUUCUAGCUGGACCUUGACCAUGCUUGUACUGCCAGAGUACUGAGCCCCAUAGUUGCUGAUGCUAUCUGACAGGAGCUUGUUGGAGAGCUUGCUGACCCACCGCUGCAGCAAGCCAGUUUGGACAAAGUCACGUUACUUUAGCGAGGGGAGGGGAGAGACAGAAAAACUAAGCUAAGGACUGCGCAGGAGGCACGCUUAUUCAGGCCAUGUUGUUAUUGAUGCGCGGCUGAUUCUGAACAUGAGGAGGAGGAAGUGAUGGGAUAGUUGCCACUCACACCACUGUCUGCCUAGUUGGCUGGAUUUAGUGCUUCAGAAGAAAAGCAGAGACUGACUCUCAUAAGCUAAAAUGAGGCACAGCUGACUCUGACUGUGGAGGUAUUUUCUCCCUCGCUGCAAAUCAUUUGGAUGGAGAGAAGAUGAAUGGAGGUAUUGAAGAUGUCAUGACCUGGUCAGCAAAUUUGAUGGACUGCAGAGCUGCUUAUCAGAACCAAGAUUAUUCAGAACUUGAUCUACACAAAUAGGAAAAGUUUCAUUAGAUUUCUGAAAUGUCUGAGACAUUCAGUAUGCCCACUGACCAGUUUGUCCUCUGUCCAAGUAAUGUGUACGUAUCACCUGACUCCAACAGUAAUCUUUCUAACCUGAAUGAACAGGAAGCCAUCAACAUAGUUGCGUGUUCCCCUGUGGGUAACGUCCACAAUGGAAGCUGUAGUCAGGAGGAUCUUCUCUGUGUUGUAACCUCAACCAUGGAUCAAACUUUUAUAGCCACACCUGUGAGUAGCAGCAGUAAUUUCUGGAAUGAAGGCAUGAGCCAUGCUAGUAAUGAACAGACUGAACCUGCUUUGUUUCUGCAUUUUAAUAAGAGCACUGAGGAUGAAGGUAAUGAUGAAGGGAUGUCUCCAGACUCUGACUGGAGGGAGAACCAGCUGAGUUCACGUGAAACUUCCUGUAGAGGAUCCAGUGAGAAUGACUGCUGUUCCCUGAGCUCUGGGGAAAUGGUAAUAAGGAGCAACAGUUUUUGUCUGGAAGAAGAGUCCCUUAUAGCCAUCUCAUCCCUGGAUGAAUCGUCUAUUUCUCCGGCUGCGAGUCGCUUAUUAUUCCCUUUUGAAUCUAACUUCCUAUCAACCACGCUGCCAGAUGUGUGCCAAAAAUCCACAGGAAUGACUGAGGAGAACACAGGCCAUCCUUGUCUUGGUGUCACCUUCACUCAGGCAGAUAGUUUGGAGAUUCUCACUGAGGAAAAGUAUAUUACAACACCCAGCUCUGUUGUGGCUCUGCCAAAUGAGAAUGAAGGGGGCCUUUUAACGACUUUUAUCUGUGAAUCCUCUGCAGAUCCCAUAAACGAGGCCACAUCUGCCAGCACUGAAGCGGAGUCUUUACCUCAUCUUUCAAGUACAUUUACACCAGAACAAGGCAUAACCUUUGUGUCCCCUAUGCAAAGAAAUGAUUUUCACACUUCAACUCCAGUACAAAACAUUGAGAACAACAUACUUGGCCUUUCCCCUUUUUCUCCCUGUGCUGAAAACUCAGGCAGCCCAGGACAUCAGCUGGCAAAAAGGCAGCAAGUCUCUCUGUCCCAUAAACGGCAUCCAGUUGCAGGGCUCCCAAAAUCACUUAGUAAACUUAAGAAAAUGGAAAUUCACAAGUUUUCUAAACCGGGUCUCAGUGGUGCAAAAUUUAAUACCUUAACUAGAGCGCAACAUCAAGUGGUAGUACCAGGAUCCGCUUCACAACAAAAACCAUUGCAAGCUAAUGGAUUGAAUAAACAGAGUGAAACAAAUAGAGGGACAGCUGUCAGGGUUCCUCUUGCUAAAACAGCGACUUGCACAACAGUUGUCUCCACCUCUAAUAUGUUAUAUGAUGCUCACAGACAAAGUAAUAGAAAAGCUGCUAAUUUGGGUGUAACUGUUAGACAGUCAUACGGGCGUACUGUAGAUGGACAGAGCAAAGCUAGAGCAUCUCCAGCUGACCACAACCCAGCUGCAAAUAACCACGUUUUCCCUGUCCACUGCACAAACACCAGCUCUGAAAUGAUGCAGGGACCCUCGAGCCAAGUAUCAGACAUCUCAGCACUACAUGCUGGCAGCCAAACCUGUGCAUCGUCUUUAGAAAAAUCUCCAACUACAAGUGGCCAGAUGGAUCCAAAAGCAACUCCAAAGAAAGAUGUGUCACACAAAAUUGAGGUCAGGUCAGGCUUAGCUCGAGGUCAGGACAAGCUUCCUCUUCACAAGACACGGCCUAGCUCCUCUUCCGAGAGUUCAUCAGCAUCCAGGCCACCCAAGAAGAGAACAAGUUUUAGGUUCGCAACUAGUGUCACUAUUCCUAAAGCUGACACAGACCAGGGUCUGAACAAGCCAGCAAGUCAGAAAUGCUCCUCCCAAAAUAACCAAGUUGAGGAAACUAAGAGACCUGCUGACAACUCACCAAGGGAGGUUAAGAAGAUCAGCCUGGUGGCAGAGCCCGGUAAAUCAACGGCAUCAGGUGAAUCAUGUGAUGAAAGUAAGCGUAGAUCUCACGGUCUACCAUCUCCCAAACAAAGAAGAACACUACCACAACCUCCACCUGCCAGUCCCAGACCACCACCUCUAUCAACCAGGCAGAGACAAGGAGCCUUGGGGAGGGAUGAGUACAGGAUCUCCAGAGGUGCAGGGACAGCUCCGUUCCAGCAGAACAGUGCAGGCAGUCAGAGAACAGAGGGGUCCUCUCUUGGCAGUAAACCCCAGCUGACUGGAUCCUGGCCUCCUCAGACUCCUCGCCCCUCUCUUAUGGGCCCUCCCCCUUCUACUCCUUACAGACAACCCCGCAAGACUCUGGGACCAUCCAGGGGCUUUACUGACUGCAAUGUUCAUAGUGAACUGGGUCAAGGAAAUAGGAGCUCAUCGGUUUCUGGAGGAGUUCCACAUAAACCAACCCCACUUAAACCUGUGGUACUGAGAUCAAGGCUCAUCUCAACCCCAGGAAAAACCAGUGGACCAACUUUGACCACAACAUGCAAGGAAGCCGCUUCCACGAGCAAAGGAGCGUCAAGUUCUGCAGCUGCUCUUCUAAAAAGGACUACAAAUUCAAGAUCAGUUCAGCCAACUUCACGUGGACCUGUGGACAAGAGCAAAUCCAAGGCCAGCUCCCGCCAGCAAACCUCCCAACCAAACCAGAGUACUGGAUCUCAGAAUGUGGUGCAAACAAGUGUCCCGCAGGUGGAGAAGGAAGUCCAGAACAUCCACCAGCUUCAACAGCUCUUGACAGCCAGUAACUGUAGAUUUCAGGCGGUCGCCAUCGUCCUGCAACAAACUUUGGCUGAGCGUGAUGAAGCCACGAGGCAGUGCAGGGAGCUGUCCCAGGAGCUGGUCAGCCUUCGUGGAGAGCUGGUCUGUUCCAUCCACUCGUCUGAGCGUCUGGGGAAAGAGAAGGAAGAGUUGCGUGCUGCUCUUGAAGAUGCGCUGCAGAAGAUGCAGGAGCAGCACCAGAAGGACCAGACUGAGCUGGAGCAGCGGCUGCAGGCCUUCUACCAGGCUGAGUGGGACAGAGCUCGCCUCGGCCACCAGGAGGAAGCUGACAAGUGCCAGACGCUUAUGCAGCAGCAGAUGGAAGAGCUGAAAGCCAAUCAAGAAGCCAUGAAGCUGGAAUUAGAAAACAACCACACAGAGCAGCUGCAGUGUGUGAAACAUCAGUAUGAAACCAAACUGGAUGAGCUCAGGGAAGUCCACAAGCAGGAUCUGAAGUCUUUGGACAAAACUUUAAAAGAUGCUGAAGCCAAUCUGUCUGGACAGCUUCAGACGCUGACGGUGGAGAAUAAUGCCCUGAUUGAGAGGCUAGCAGCUGAGGAGAACAGGAGGAAAGAGCUGGCCCAAAAUAGUCAGAAAGACACUCACACACUGUAUCUGGAGCAGGAGUUGGAGAGUCUCAAAGUGGUGCUGGAGAUGAAGAACAAGCAGCUCCACCAGCAGGAGAAGAAGCUGAUGGAGGUCGAUAAAUUGACAGAGAAAAAUGUGAAGUUGGAUGAGAGCCUGAAAAAGGUCCAGCAGGAGAAUGAAGACCUGAAAGCCCGCAUGGAAAGACACGCUGCACUGUCCAGGCAGCUGUCCACAGAGCAGGUGAUGCUGCAGGAGUCCCUUCAGAAGGAGUCCAAGGUGAACAAGCGGUUGUCCAUGGAGAACGAGGAGCUACUCUGGAAACUCCAUAAUGGAGACUUAAGUAGCCCCCGCAAGACGUCUCCCAUCUCAGCCUCCCCAUCCCAUUCCUUCAGCCUCCACUCACCUCGCAGCUCCGGUCUCUUCUCCAGCCCUCCACUCUCACCCAGAUAACAACGGGCCCCCUGCUCCCAGGAAGCAGAACCUCAUGUUAUCCCUCUGGAAUACCAGCCAUGUUUGUUUCCAGUUCACGGAGCAAAACAGUUGGACUUUUGCUCCUCCAGGAUCAGAUAAGCUGACACUUUCUGUACAAAGAGUUGUUUUAAAAAAAUAAAAAAAAGAAAAAGAUUUGUUGCACAGAAGCACUUCAUAAGCAAGGCCACCAUUUGCCUUUGAUACGAUGAAUGGGAGGAAAUCUCAGGACUUUUGUGUUUGAAACACUAUUUUUAUUUGUAGAUGUCGUCAGACUUCUCUCUCCUGAAGCUCAGCACAUGCACACAUAAAGUACAUGCAUGUGUACACACGAGCAGAUUUAGCUUUGCGUUGUGAAACUGGGCUUCUUUGUUUCUGGAGACUACAGCUUUGGAAAAUCUGACUUCAGUGAAGGCCGGGUAUAUUUUUAUUCUAAAUAUCGAAGGAAUCUAGAAGUGUUUCAUUUCAAAGUGGUACCAUUCAUAUGCAGGCCGGCCCCCCAACACCACAGCAUGUUCAGAACUUCCCUACCGUUGUUUCAUUUUAAAGGGUUUUUUAUGUCUGGACUGCCAGCUUAAAGAUCAUUUAUGGCCCUUAAUGUUUCUGUUUUCAAGUUUGUGUUUGACCAAGGGACCAGUCCUAGUCUUACUCCUUACUCAAGCCACCUAAUGCAGCUUUAAAGUCGAGGUCUUUGCACAAAGAAGCAGCUUUGCUUGUUCAUGUCGGACACUGCAUCUUUGAAAUGUCUGAGUAUUUUGUGUGGAAUUGACAUUGAUGUGUUGACCCUGUUUAGAAUAUGCAAUUGAAUAAAGUCUUGUAAUAAACAUGA